UUCAACAUCCUAUUCUUCAAUUCAUUAUAUCAAUGAGUGAAGCUGAUCAAGCGCAUGCCACUGUGCUUCGAUUCCUCGUUCAUCACGGGUACGGAGAUACAGCGGAAGCUUUCAUUCGCGAAGCAGGUGCACGAGUGGAUCCUUCAGUGGUCAUCAACGCCGACAUUCCAGACGACAUUUUUAACGACGAUGCCGAGGAGACCAGACUAGCCGAGGAUGUAGCGCGACACUUGAGCCUGCACGCUUCGGGCAAUCCUCGUAAUGCGAAUGCGAAUGAACUUGCGGAAGGGGACGACGAUUAUUACACCACUUUGACCAAGUCUAUGUCGUCCAUCCAUGAAAGCAACAUUAUCGCCGUGGCUAUUGCCCCUCAAACCCAUUUGUUGGCAACGGGUUCGACCGACAAAUCCGUCAAGAUUUGCAAUCCAAAAGACAGUAAUGACAUUCUUCACAGCUACACUCAUCACACGGCGCCGGUGAUGAGUAUCGAGUUUCAUCCCAUCUACCCUCAGUAUAUGUUGACGACGUCGAUGGACGGGACAGCCGUCCUUGCCAAUAUUGAAAACGAACAAUCCAUCGAAUGCCAACGCUUCAAAGAUCAUCAGAAAUACAUUGUUCGCGGCAUUUUCUCGAAAGAUGGUCAAUUUAUGGCUACGGCGUCGUACGAUCGUACGAUAUGCAUCUACAAAACGACUCAAGAUGUGCAAUAUACCCUGUUGAAACGGUUGGGACCUUUUCUCGGCAACGUGGAAACCAUCUGUUUCUUGGAUUCCAGCGUGCUGGUCGCCGGUAUCCGGGACGACAACUACCUGCACUACAUCCAUUUACCGGACCUGCGGCAUGAAAAGUAUAAUAUGAAUGCCAACGGCGACGACUGGGUUUCCUUCUCACCGCUGUGGUUGUCGGCUUCACCGGACGGUCAGUAUUUGUUAUGUUCGACGGAUCAUGUGAGCGGUCGCAUGAUCCUGUUUGAAACCCACAGUGCUCGGCAAGUGCAAAACUACUAUGACAAACCUACGGAUGAUAAUUUCGUGAUGCGUCGUCACUGCUGGCAUGCCAGCGGCCGUUACUUUUAUACGGCUGGAGCGGAUGCGGUGGUCCAUGUGAUUGAAGCGAAAACGGGCCGGGUGGUUCAUCGUUUGACAGGUCACAAAAAUAUGGUACGCACCAUGGCGAUGGAUCCCGAUCUGGGCUUGGUGACGGGAGGUUACGAUCAUUGCGUGAAUGUAUGGAAUAAGCCUAUCAAUAAUAUCUUGAAUCGAUAAAUGGUUUGCAAUCGUAGCAAUAUAUACAUAUAUAAAAGAAAGAAAUACGAUACAAAACGCAUAUACACAGA